UUCAUAGCCACUCCAACAACAACAACAAACACUUCACUUUGAACUAAGUUUCUAUUAUCGAUCUAAGUUGUUUUGAAACCAUAAUAAUGUCUCUGAUUUCUCAAAUGGUUGGCGAUGAUGAAACCUUAGACCCUUUUCUGUCCAUGAUGAACAGGUGCCCCGUCCUAAGCACCCCAACAGAUUGGAAGGAGACAAAAGACGCGCAUGUUUUUCUUUCAGAUCUUCCCGGUCUCAAGAAGGACGAGGUCAAGGUGGAGGUCGAUGGAAGGGUGCUUCAGAUAAGUGGUGAUAGGCAUGCCGAUGACGACGAUGACGACGACAAGAACAAGAAGAUGAUAAAGUGGCACCGCGUUGAGCGGUGCCGCGGGAAGUUCCAGAGAAGGUUUAGACUCCCGGAAAAUGCUAAGGUUGAGCAGGUUAAAGCUCACAUGGAGAAUGGUGUGCUUGUUGUUACUGUCUCUAAGCAAGAGCUCAAGAAACCAAACACCAAACUGGUUCAGAUUCAGGGAAAUUGAUUCCGUAAAUUUUGGAUAUGAAUUGCAGUACAAGUCAAUGUUCGAAGAAAUGAAUUGUAUCUUUAUUUUCUUUGUAAAAUAAAUAACGACUUUGGUGAGAACUCUUGUGCAGUCGACUUCACAUAAAGUUGAUAAUUGAGAGCCGUACUGAUUUGAUUAAAUUUUUUUUUAACGGCUUUCAAUUAUCAACUUCACGUGAAGUCGACUGCACCUGAAUUUUCACUAAUAAGUAAUAUCUAUGCUAAGUCUACGUAUAUAUUAAAAUUAGUUAAUAGAG